AUGCUAUUGUACAAUGAGCAUGUGCCCUUUGGAAUCACCGAUGUGGUUUUAAGGGAUACCCUCAGCCAGCACGACUUUGUGCUUUUGGCCCGGCAUGAGUCUAAGACAGGCUAUCUAUCAGUUCUAGAAAGCAAGAAGGAGCAUUUCAGAGUUCUUCGCUGUGAUCAUAGUUUACUUGGCGGCGAGUGGCAGCAACCGCCCAAUGGACUCGAAUACACGUCUCGGGUCAAAGAGCCGGUGUACGCGGUCUUCGUCAUGCUAGAAGCCGUGAGAUUAGUUGAGGUCGACGAGUCGGUCGCGGAACGUGGAAUUCCCGAGUCUGAUAAGACCGCGCUUGUCAUUGGCCUUGGAAUAGGUACUACGCCUUCGGCUCUCGUUGCUCAUGGUAUCAAUACCACUACAGUUGAGAUUGAUCCGCUUGUCCAUGAGUAUGCGGAGCAUUAUUUUGGUCUUCCUUUGAAUCAUACCACAGUGAUCCAAGAUGCGAUGGCAUUUGUUGAAGAGUCAAAUGCGAAAAGCACCAUCCACUAUGAUUACAUUAUCCAUGACGUGUUCACUGGAGGAGCAGAACCUAUCGAGCUUUUUACUCAUGAGUUUUUGCUUGGCCUUAGCAGCCUAUUGAAGCCCAGUGGAGUAAUUGCAAUUAAUUACGCAGGUGACCUAACCCUGCCGCCGGCCCAAAUCAUCAUCCUGACGAUCAAAACGGUUUUUCCAAAUUGUCGAAUGUUCCGUGAGAACGAGACUCCUCUUUCGGAAGAUGCUGAUUUUACAAAUCUCGUCAUCAUCUGCACGAAGCUACCUACACCCUUUUCUCUCCGUGACCCCGUCGAGGGUGAUUUCCUGGGGAGCUAUGCCAGGAAACAUUAUCUCAAACCAAGAUAUGAAGUACCGAGCGACUUUCUGGACCGCAAAGCUAUCAUCGGAGAAGAUUACUCUAUUCUCAGAAAGGAAAAUACCAAGCGACUUCAAGAAUGGCAGACAAAGAGUGCGGUGGGCCAUUGGGCACUGAUGAGGAUAGUUCUACCUGACAAAGUAUGGGAGGCCUGGUGA